UCCACAGGCGUUCCCGGCAACUCAGAGAGGGAUGUGGGGCUAUUUGUACACUCGACGACCAGAGCGCAACUACAGAAGAUGCUGUUGGAGAACGGCGCACGGCAAAGCUUCUUCGACAAUUCGUUCUCACCCGGUCACUCGGCCACCGAGCUGGUGCAAACCCCAGCCACCGCGCAACCCCGCGCAAAAGUUCGGAUAACGCCCACUAUUAUAGUCACUAUAAGCGAAGAUGUGGAGGUGGACCUAGCCGGCAGCGAUACAGGCGAUAUAUCGAAACCGGUGCCAGAUAAGGAAGUGCAGGCUGGAAGUUCACCAGACGUACCGAGGUCAUGUGCGAGCUGUGAGAAGGAAGGGGAAACGAAUUGUGACUGCAAAUUACCGUGUGUAGAAAAAGCACACAGCGGAGGUAAUGCGGUCACGGGUGAAGUUGUCGCUCCCUUGCCGUUUAAAGAGGCAUUCCGACAAAAGUCUAAAUACAUAG